GAAACCAUCAACGUUAAGCACACAAACAAGAAAGAAGGUAGGCCAUAUCACAAAUGGCAGAAGCAGUGCUCUUCAACCUCGCCGCCGACAUACUGAUAUUGGCCAGUUCCAUAACCUCUUCGAAGAUCCAAUUUGUACGUGGUACGAGAGAUGAGCUCCAAAGCCUUAAGGAUACCAUCGGGACCAUCCAAGCUGUGCUUCUGGAUGCCGAGAAGCAGCGAUGGCACCAACAUCAGGUCAAGCACUGGCUCAAGAGGCUCAAAGAAGUGAUGUACGACGUACAUGACUUGCUCGACGAUGUCGCAACUGAAGAUCUGAGGCGGAAGGUCACUUCUGGCAACAAGAUGUCCAAAGAGGUACGCUUUUUCUUCUCCAAAUCAAAUCAGGUUGCCCAACGCUUCAAAGUGGCUCACAGGAUUCGGGAACUUAGGAAGAAACUGGAUCGGAUUAAAAAUGAUAAUGAGUUCCAUUUAGAUCAGCAUCUGAGUGAGGCAACUCUUUCUAUUGUGAGGAGGACAACUCACUCUUUUGUGCGCGAGGAAGAAAUAAUUGGUAGAGAAGAGGAUAAGAAGAAGAUCAUCGCCCGCUUGUUUAAUUCCUCCUCAGGAGGGAGUGUUUCGGUUGUUUCCAUCGUCGGAAUAGGAGGACUUGGAAAAACCGCGCUUGCUCAGCUGGUAUACAACGAUGACAAGGUGAAGGACUGUUUCAAGCUUAGGCUGUGGGUGUGUCACGGGGAUCCUAAAAUCUUUGAUGAGGAUUUGAUCAUCAAAGAAAUACUAAAAUCUGCCCAAGAUGAGUGUCAAGGGGAUCCUGAGAUGAUGAGAAAUCUGCAUGACAUUGAGAAUAAAUCUAAGGACCAGUUGCAAAGUCUCCUUCGUAAGGUAUUAGAUGGGCAGAGAUACUUGCUUGUUUUGGAUGACUCGCAGAAUGAAGAUCGCAAGAGAUGGUUGGAGCUGCGAAGUUUGCUAAAGAGUGGUUCAUUAGGAAGCAAGAUACUCGUAACCACACAUAAUAAGUCAGUCGUGCAGGCUAUAGAUGCGAAAUCAAUUAUCCAUUUUCUACAUGGCUUAUCUGAAGAUAAGUCGUGGGACUUAUUCAAGAAAAUGGCUUUUGGAGAUGGGGAAGAAUCAUUAAACCCAAGACUGGAGGAGAUCGGUCGAGAUAUAGUCAGAAAAUGUGUUGGUGUUCCCCUUGCCAUCAGAACUAUAGGCAGCCUAUUAUACAGCAAAAAGGAAAAUGACUGGCUCUAUUUCAAAGAGCAUGAACUAUAAAAAAUAGAUAAGUUGGACAAUGGAAUUAUGGAUGUCCUCAAGCUCAGCUACAAUCAUCUUCCGUCGCGGUUAAAGCAUUGUUUUGCAUAUUGUGCGUUAUUUCCAAAAGAUUAUGUCUUUGACAAACAGACAAUGAUACAACUUUGGAUGGCACAAGGCUUUAUUGAGUCAUUGAAAGGGAACGAGGACCUUGAAGAGACUGGAGAUAGUUAUGUCUCGGACCUACUGUGUAGAUCAUUCCUUGAAGUUGAAGAGCUCAAUCAUCACACAAGUGAGGUAAAAAUGUUCAAGAUGCACGAUCUCAUGCAUGAUCUUGCCUUGAAAGUCGCAGGAGAUGAGUGCAAGAUGGUUAAUAUCAAUGAAGGUGGCAUCGGUGGAGGAAUUCGACAUGCAUCAUUUUCUCUACUUGAAGCAACCUCUCUACUUGAAACGACCAAUCUACGAACAUUUCUCUAUAUGAAGAAGGGGAAAUCAUUUGGACCGGACUUGUCCUUGAAUGAAUGUCAUGGGAUCCUCUCCAAGUUAAGGCAUUGCCGAACGCUGGUGUUGCGCAAUGUAAAUUUUUGUAUCCCUCCUUCCUUGGGGAGUCAGUUGAAGCACUUAAGAUUUCUUGAUGUUUCUGAAAACCAAUAUAUCAAGAGUUUAUCGGAUUCAAUCGCGGAUUUGCUGAACUUGCAGACCCUUAAACUCUCUGGUUGCAAGAAGCUUACAACACUUCCGAGAGAUUUGAGGAAAUUGAUCAACCUUAGACACCUCUUAAUUGAUAGGUGUGACUCACUAAGCCACAUGCCAUGUGGGUUGAAUCACUUAUCUUCGCUUCAGACUUUAUCCCAGUUCAUCGUACAAAAGAUGGACCAUAAAAUUCCUGGUGGUGUUGGGAGAGUAGAUGAACUUGGUGGGUUAAACAGAUUGGCAGGGUCCAUUACUCUUGGAAAGUUGGAGUUCCUUCAAUCGGCACCGAACAAAAGUCACUUGAGGGAAAAGCAACAUCUUCAUUCCUUGGUCUUGAAGUGGUCAAGGGAGCAGCAAGAUAACAAAAGCGAGAGCGAUGAAUUGAUUGUGUGGGAGAACCUUAGACCGCACCAAAAUUUAACUCAUUUGACCAUAUCCUCUUGUAUGGGUAGGAGACCGCCAAGUUGGCUUGCCUCCAUCAGGAAUCUUGUUGUGCUUACACUCAAAGAAUGUAAAGGAUGGAAGUACUUGCCAACUCUGAGUGAACUCCCUUCCCUAAGUAUGUUGACUCUCAGUAACUUGGAUGCAUUGGAGUUCGUUCAAGAGAUAAGUGACCCAAACCAAUUUAAUAUUGCACGCCCCUUCUUCCCAUCUCUGAAGGUACUGGACCUUCUCAAGUGUCGCAAUCUAAAAAGAUGGUGGGGAAGAAGGCAACUAAUCGGAACAGAUCAGGAUCAUCAGAGGUAUGAUUCAUAAUCAUCAUUCCCAAAACUUUCAUCCGUGCGUAUACGGGAUUGUCCCCAGCUGAAUACCUUGCCACUGUUACCCUGUGUAAAAAAUUUGAGCACAGAUGAGUUAUCGCGAAGAUGUUGGACAAGUGAUGGCUGUUCCAAAUUUGUCCAUGAGACGCUGCAGUGAUAUCCACAUUCAUCUCUCUUUCUAAAUUAAUGAGACUUAACUUUUUUUGAUGGGUGGAUCCGGAGCACUUGAUGUUCAAGACUUUACUUCGAUUCCUCAUUAAUCUCGAGAGCAUGUACCUCCAUAAUUGCGUCAAACUAUGGAGUCUCUCUCAUGGCAUCCGGUACCUAUCCUCGCUCAAGCACCUCUAUAUUGUCGCUUGUGAAGAACUCGAUUUGACAAGCCACGACGAGCAUGACACCCAGUGACGAUCCCUUGUAGCACUCAUUGGUCUUAUAAUGGAUCAACUUCUGAAAUUUGUGGCGUUACCCAGGGGAUUCGACAUGUCACCACUUUGCAAUAUCUCACUGUUGAAAGCUGUGAGAAUCUGAUGAGUUUGCCGGAAUGGAUUGGCAAUUUCUCUUAACUCCAAAGGCUUCACAUUAUUGACUGCUGAGGUUUAACAUGUUUGCUUGAUGGGAUGCACCGUCACUCCUCCUUUAAGAAAUUGGGAAUCGUUGGGUGUCCCGCUCUAGAAGAGAGGUGCCAAACAGAAAGCGGUGUAGAUUGGGAAAACAUUGCGCACGAUCCGCACUUAUCAUUUGAAUCACCUAUUUCAAAUAAAAGUAGAUUCUAUAUUAGACACGUGGUUUUCAAUAAAACUUUUGUUCCUUUAUGUUUGUUGGAUUUAUGAUAAAAUAGUUGUUCUUUUGGAGUAAAACAUUUUGUACAUGUAUAGAACACAUUUCAUAUUGUAUUUAGGUAAAAAUAAUUCAUUUUAAAUCAUUUUAUACAUUUUGGUUAGGCAAAUAAAUAUGUAAUAUAUCAAUUAUUACUUAUAUUCCAGACCUCGCAGAUAUAGUUCCGUCAUCUCAUAUUCAUAUAAAUAAGCAUAACAAUCUUUUAGUAUAUCAUUAGAUAGCACAGGUUGAUAAUAAAUCGAAUUUUCAUACGUCAUAUAUUUAUAAAAGAAUUACACUCAAAAUAGGUAUAUCUUCAUAUGCAAAUUUUUACUGGCUUGUAAUACGAUUCUCAUGAUAACAAUACUCUUAUAAUUUAUCAUAGUAGUGCCAAUUUUCUCAAGUGCUUCAACAAAAAUGAUGAUUUAUAUGCGUCUGUAUACGCACCUCCGUUUAAUUUCCUGGCCCCAUGAACAUGGCAGAACCAUUGCUUCUCAAUCUCGCCACUGAAAUACUGAAGCUAGCCGGUUCCAUCACCUAUUAUCGAAAGAUCCAAUUGCUAUGCGGCAUAAACGAUGAGCUCCAGAGUCUCGAGGACAUCGUCGAGACUGUUCGAGCGGUGCUAUUAGACGCCGGGAAGUUGUCACGGCGAGAGGACCAGGUCAAGUGCUAGCUCGAGAGGCUGAAGAUAGUGUUGAACGAAGUUGAGGUAUUGCUCAACGAUAUCUCCCGGUGGCGGCGCUACAUAUAGUAGAAAGUGAGGGCAGCUGCCCCGACCCAUAGUUCUAUGGAGAAGAACCCAUUUCAUGGUAAGUCUAGGCAUUAUUAAUCUGAAUUUUAAGUAUGUUUGUGUGUAAUUUAAAAUGUUAAACCCCGAUUGUUUGGAAGAAAAGAUUGGCCCACCAUGCGGAAGCAUUUGGUGUCAUGUGAAAGCAGUGCACUUUUGCUUUGAAUUGUGCUAGUUUACAGAGAAGAAGAAGAAAGCUAAAAUGAGGAUGUUGUGCCUUGGAAAAAAAGAAACUCCUAUUACGUCACUUGUAUAUUUAUAUAUUUUUUUCGGUACUUUUAUUAGCAGAAGUAUUUAAUUUAGUGCAACCAUGUAUAAUUCCUCAUAAAUUUCAUCUUUGAUAGUUUUACACAUUUUUGGAGUUGGUUUUGUAAAAUAUAUUGGGACCGCAACACUUGUUUGUGUAUAAAUAUACGUUGUGCCGUAAGUAAGUCGAUCCUGGUGGAAAUUUAUUCCUGGCUCCGCCACGGAAAUCUCCACCCAAGAGCAGAGGCGAGCAAUGAAUUCAACUCGUGCAGAGCCUUAAAGUGGGUAAUCAGAAAGAAUUGCGGGUGACAAGAAGUUCCAUUUAGAUGUACAUCCGAGUGGGAAAACAAGCCGGCCGUCCGUUGGGAGGAGGAGGAAAGCUCACUCUUUCGCGCGCGAGCACGAAAUAAUUGGUAGAGAAGAGGAUGAGGAGACCAUCAAACUCCCGUUUGAUCCCACCUCCAAGGAGAGUGUUUCGGCUGUGUUCCA